UCAAUUUGGUGGAUUGGUGAAUGGGUACGCUUAGAUUGCAAUAAUUUGUGAAAUUUGUUAUGUUCAAUAUUUUCAUUCGUGGAUUUAUGCCCUCGAUUGAAUUACAUGUUGUUUCGUUAAUUGAUGUCUCAAUUUCAUACACUCAUUAUCAAUUAUCCAAAUAAUUGUAUGCAAGGUACUAUUGCAUAUUUGAUCCAUCUGCUACUAAAUAUCUUCAUUUUUAACAUUGGGAUAAUAAAGUUAAUGAAGAAUUGGAUAUACAAGGUUAAAGUUAAUGAGAUACGAGAUAUUUUCUCCUCCGCAAGCUUUGUCUGGGAUAUAUACAUUCCACAUGUUUCAGAACAAGGGUUGUCCAAGGGUUUUGCUUUUGUCUCUUUUACGUCCAAGAGGGAUGCUGAAAAUGCCAUAAAAAAUAUCAAUGACCGAGUAGUUGCAAAAAGAUUUAUUGCCGUUGAUUGGGCUGUCCAUAAGAAAAUUUGUGUUGCUACUACAAAAUCUACCUCUUUGCAAGAUGAUAAGUUAUACUCCUUUCAUCUUUAGCAUUUUCCUUUAGCUUUUCAUCUCAAAAUAAUAGUAUAUGAUUGGCUGCUUUAUCUCUGUUUAUAUGUGCUAUGUUUCUUGGUUGUAAUGGAUAACUUUCUAACUACUAGAUAUUGGUUCAAUUAAGGUUCUAUUUUCAUCAUGUAAAAUUUUACUAAUAUAAAUAUUUUAAGUAUUUUUUGUGGUUAUGUAUCAUCUAUCAUGUUUCAUAUGCUCAAUUUUAUAUAAAUAACUUAUUAAUUCAAAAAAAU